CUACCACUUAGGUUUGUGUAAGUACACUGUGUGAUGUUCACACAACAGUGAAAGUGCCUAAUGAUGCAUUUCUCUAAACAUAUCCCUUUCAUUAAGUGAGGUAUGCCUGUACUGAUUUUAGUCUUGUGAAUGUUGAAUAAUGAAUUACUCAUUUCAAUUAUUUGAGUCAGCCCCACUGGCUGAAGAUGGUAAAAGCUGACUGAAGCAAAAAACUAAAAUUUGUUAUUCAACAUUCACAAAACCAAAUGAGUAAAGAAGAGCUUUAAGUUCUAUAUCAGGGUUCAUGUAAGGCAAAAACAUUCUAAAGGAAAGAUGGAUUUGAGGACAUAUAUGAUUCUCAGUGUAAAUGUCUGGGUACAAGCAAAAAUUCCAGGGAGCAUUUCAGACUUUCGAGGCAGUGGAAUUGGUGAAACCAAAGUCAAGCUCUCCAAACAGUAAAGGGGGCCCAGGUAAUAUCUGGAGUACAGGUGGAACAGGCAGAAAAUUCCAUUAAUGUAAUUGUAUGAUAUGAUGAACGGACAGAGUUGGAAAAUAGGAUGGCAGGGUAGGGCAGAGGGACCUGGAGGGCCCAGGAUGGAUGGAGAGAUCAGCUGGGCUGGUGGGGGGAAGGGGCCAUGGGCACACCCUCUUCGUGUCCCCUCCCCCACCCUCUGAAACCCUUUGUGACUCUUCAGUGCUCUGUGAUGCAGGCCUGGGAUUAUAGGCAAGUGCGGACACUCUCAGAGCUCAGUUGCCUCAGGCAGCCUUGCGAUUCAGAAAAUGGAGUUCAGUCAAUGGAAUGUUCUCUCAUUUCUGAAUAGCCAUAUUGAGUUGUUUUUGAGCAUCUGCUCAACAUUCUUAGAUAGUGACCACAACCUCACCAUCGUGUGUGGGUUGUGGUUGCUUCUUCUGUUCCUGUGCUUCCUGGUGGGGAUUCCAUCUUUACCAACCUUCUGGAAAACCAAAAUCUACCAAAAGCGUCAGGGCAGAGCCAAGAGGAGAAGAAAAGGUGGAACAUCAAGUGGUUGGAGAAAUUACCAGAGGGAAACAGAGGAGAAAAGGAGGCUAAUUUCUAUUCUGAAAAGGCCCCUAGGCCGGCCUCUCGAUACCACCCGCAUUCGUCAACUAUUAUGCCCAGACCCCUCCUGUGAGGUGUGUAAUAGCACAACUGCAGAGAUCAAUCGGCUGCUGCUCCUGGAGGACCUGGAAGAUGAUACUGCCUCUGUGUCCUCUAUGGCUUCCACAGCUUCUGGGACUGAGUCAUCAUUCACUCUGUCCUCUGCCUUCUCAGAAGUCCCUCCAGGAGACCUAACACCAUCCCCUCCACCUGACCCUUCCCCACGACCCACCUCCAAACUACUGGAUGCCCAGUCUGGGUCUGAGCCCGUGCGGGAUGCUGGGGACAGAGACGGCACAGGGACCCUGCCCCUGGAGCUCGAGGUCUGA